AUGGCCGCAGCCGGCAUCCUGUUUGAUGAUCUCUUCACCAUCAGAGAGCUCGACAAGGGCGGUCCCAAGUUCGACAGAGUCUCUCGCCUCGAAGCACACAGCGACAAUCAUGACAUGAACGUCACUCUGGACUUCCACAACGAGCUCUUUCCGAUACAAGACAAAGAAAAGUUCUCACUUGCCCUUGCGAGCGAUCUCAACGUCGACCCGACCGGCCAGAAAGACGCACUCGACUUGUCCAGGCUACCGUCAGGCACACUUGCGGAUGAAUGGGAAUACGUCAUGUACGGCAAAGUCUACAAGUUUGACGAGGGAACGCAAGAGAAAGUAAAGGUCUACAUCAGCUUUGGCGGACUGCUCAUGUGUCUCGAGGGGAACUAUCGACACAUCUCCCAGAUCACCGUAGGCUCAGAGAUCUAUUCUCUGAUGCGCAAGUCUUGA